AUGGCAACGAUAAUACCAGGUGAAGCAUCAGAAACGGAUGAUGAUGAUGAUAAUGAUGGUGAUAAUAAUGAUUGUAAUGAUUACAAUGAAAGUAACAUGAGACAAGCUGAUAAUAGUGAACAAAAUGAUGAAGAGAUGAGAAAAUGGAAUUUGAAUAAAACUCAGCAAAAUUUAUGGGGUUUACAUGUUGAUGAAAAAUUAGAAGAACGUUGGCGAUCAUUUGGCUAUGAUACAGUAAAACUUAUUGAACGACAAGCACUUAUGCAACGUAAACAAUUUGAAAAUUUAAAACAAAAUUUAUCCAAUACACAACAUGCUUUACAGGCUGUUUCUUCAACUUUUCGUCAAACUGCUGAAAAUUUGGGGCGUGUUGAGUGGAAUUUAUCAUUGUUACAAGAAGGUGCCAAAUUGAUACCUAACUUUUCAGUUUUUUUAACUAAUAGCAAUUGUUCUACCACAAGAAAUAAAUGA